UGGUUUUUUACCUUGUAUGAUGGUAAUAUGCUGCAGUAAAUCCUACUCAUUAAGAAACGUGUAAGGUAGAAGUUGACACCUUUUUAAGAUAAAUUUGGGGAGAAGUAGGGAUGGGGAGUAAAUUCUUAUAGUAAAGCUUUGAAAAGAAUCAGAAUUCUGGAAGCAAUGAAAUUUACAAUUCAAAAAGACCUGUAAUCAUUUAUGGGAUGCUCUUGGGGCCUAAAAUUAUUUGAUGCCUUCAAAUCAAAAGGAAGUGUAUGUUUUUUUUCUUUUGAUGUUAAGAUGUUCCUGAGCUACAUCUAGAGAGCCUAUCUGUAACAAAAAGCUUGGGAGAGUAAUUUAAUUAGUAAAAAUCAAAUUUAAAAGCAAAAUUUAAAGAAAGAGAGGGAAUUAACUAAGGACAGGCCAAGAUAGACUUAAUGUUUUUUUCUAUUGCUAAUUUAUCAUUUCCUGUCUCAGAAAAUUGUCCACUGAAGUUUGAUUACUCAGCCAAUGCAGCAUUCUUGGUUUGAAGAUUUGCAUUUGUCAGGAUGUUUUCAAAAAUGAGAGCAAGGUAUUCUGAAGAAGUCACCCUGGAUAAACACCUAAAAGAUUUUGCAAGUGUUUUAUAAAGCAAUAAUGCAUACAUAUGUGCCAUAAAAUAUGUAAAAGUGAAUGCUUUUACAGUCACUUUAUAGGAAGGAUAUAGGAAUAAGUUAUUAAGAUUAAAAAUGAAUCAGCAUGUGAGUACUAGGCUUUAUCAUGCAAUUCAUACUCUGCUGCAGUUGCCUUUUUAUUUGUAAGUUAUUUCAAAAAGACACAGUCUUUCUUUUUAAUUGUGUAGGGGUUACUUACAGUAUGUGUAUGAUUGAUAUUAAAGAAUGAAAUGUGGCAAAGUUGCAGAAUAUCUUCUUGAAAUAUAAUACAGGCACUCAAGUGCAUUGCCAGCUGUUUGUCAGCCCAUUUCAACUCUUCCAGAAUCUCUAGUUUUAGAAUCUGUCACUGGACAUAAACAUUUUAUUCUGCAGGUGGUUAAUACUGUUAAGAUCAGUAGUGUUGUUGCUGAACAUAACAUGUUAACGUAAUAUAUGCACCUUCACCUAAAACCAGAUCUUAUCAGAUUAUCUGCCUUCAGAGUUAUGAGAUACUAAUUUAGGGAUAGAUAAUGUGGUUUUUACAGUGCCUAAUCCAUGAACUCUGUUUGGAAAAGCUGAAUGACAGUGAGGAAGAUGUUUACAAUGGAACUGUGACCUUUCUGCCCUUGGAGGAAAACAGUGAAGGAAAAUACAAGAUUAAAAAGUGCAAUAUUUAUCAGAUUCAACUUGUGUACAUAAAAGAUGAGGAAUGGUCUGUUUCUGUUGUAGCUCCAUUUCCAGAAGACUGGUUUUCAGAUGGAAUUGCAUACCCCAAACUAGCAUGGCUUGAAAAUGAGCUUUUGUCCAAAUUGGCUAAAUGGUCUGUGGAGCAAAAGCCCAGUGAGUUUAAAAGUACACUCUCGCUCAUUUCUGUAGCAAAAUACAGCAAGGUUUAUCAAGACCUUAAAGAAAAGUACAAGGAGAUGGUAAAGGUGUGGCCUGAAGUGACAGAUCCUGAGAAAUUUGUUUAUGAAGAUGUUGCCAUUGCCACUUACUUGCUGAUUCUUUGGGAAGAAGAGAGAAAGGAAAAAGGGUUGACUAAGAAACAGUCAUUUGUAGAUCUUGGAUGUGGAAAUGGUCUGCUGGUUCAUAUUCUAAAUAAUGAAGGGCAUUCAGGUAGAGGAAUUGAUGUGAGGAGAAGAAAAAUAUGGGACAUGUAUGGAUCAGGAACUCAUUUAGAGGAAUCUACAAUCAUGCCAGGUGACACUCAUCUCUUUCCAGACACUGACUGGCUCAUAGGAAAUCAUUCAGAUGAAUUAACACCAUGGAUACCUGUAAUUGCAGCUAGGUCUUCCUAUUCUUGUCGCUACUUUGUGCUGCCCUGUUGCUUCUUUGAUUUCUAUGGAAAAUACAGCCGAAGACAAAGCAAGAAAACCCAGUACAGAGAGUAUCUUGAUUUCGUUGCCCAAGUGGGAUUUGUAUGCGGCUUUAAUGUGGAGGAAGAUUGCCUUAGAAUUCCAUCAACAAAGAGGGUAAGCCUUAUUGGAAAAAGCAGGACCUAUCCACCUGCAGAACAUGCUCUGAUUGACAAGCAGAUAACACAGUAUAUUAAUACUCAUCAGACCUGUGCUCUGCUCAUGUGUAACAGAAAAGUUGCAUGUAAUCAUAAGGAUCACUCUGAUGUGUGCAAAGAAGCCAGCUCUGAACUUCCUGAAAAUGAGACUAAGACUGCUGGUACAAUUUGGAUGCCUGGAUUUCAACCCAGAGAAAAAGUAGAACAAAUCAGAAACUGUGCUUCCCUCCCUCGGGAUUUUGUAGAUGAUGUGGUUCUCAGUGUGGCAAACUUGCUGUUAAAUGCAGCCUCCCAAAACUCAUGUUCUGAUAUGCGUGAUGGAAAUACAAAUACCUGGAAUCAAGGAGAAAGCCUUUCCUUGAAAGAAGUAGCAGAACACUUACAUAAAGAGACUUUAAAAAGGCUGAAGAGUGAAUAUGGAGGCCUGCAGACACUUCUCAAGAACAAUCAUCAAGUAUUUGAAGUUCUAAAUGGGAGAGUUCAUAUUCGUGACUGGAGAAAAGAGAAACCGUCAAGGAAAACUAAGCCUGAAGUGAAGCGCCGCCUUUCAGCUGAAGCAUUUAAAACACGUCUCUGUUGGUUUUUCAUUCAUCAUCCUGAUGGUUGUUCUUUGCCUUCUGAAUCCUGCCCAUAUGCUCAUGGGACUGAGGAACUAAGGCAGUCUCAGAAGAUUAAAAAGAAGAAAAAUAUACAGUAAUAAAAUGCCUCCACUUACGUUUAAGCUGAUGUACAUAACCAAAUAUGUGACUGACUUUGGGACUGCCUAGUGCAUGAAGAUCUGUACAGUAUGGAGGGGUUUCCCAAUUCCUAUGUAUCUUAUUUUCCAUUUAAUUUACAAGUUCUGCAUUUCUCAUUCUUUUGUUUUGUCAUUAACAUACUACAUGUAUGUAGUAAAAGUAUGUAAUACUUUUGGAUUUUGUUUCGGCUUGACUAGCGUGCAUUUGUAUAAGUUGAAAAGUUUAAAAGCUUUGUUUCCUAGGGCACUCUUCAUGAUCCUCAAUGAGUUCAAAUGUACAUGAUGCAGCAUUUUCAGACCAUGAAAAUCAGCUGAUUUUUU